ACGUCUCUCAUUUUCCUAUAUAAUACUUGAGGUUUAGUGGGCAGUGCUGCAAAAACCAUACCGCCAUUAGCGAGUUGCAAUCCACUCACCAGAGUUUUUCCCAUAAAUGUCUGCUUUUCUCACUCUUAUUCUUCUGUCCUUCGGAUUUAUCCACGACCACGACUGAUUUGUAAAAGCUGAGCUGCUUCAGAUUCGUCUUUUUUAUUCGUGUUUUCCAUUUUCGUUCACUUUUCUCUCUCCCGACCUCCAGAGUAGGAGAAAGGAAAAUAUUUUCCGCUUUUUCCUUCUUGAUUCUUUAAGAAUCUUUUCUUUUCUCAACUGGGUCUUGGUCUGCUGCCGCCGUUUUGCGAUCCGCUAGCUUAUGGAGCUUUCGAUUUUCAUGUUGUGGUGCUUUUGCUUUUCUUGAUUUUCUUUCCCACUUCGGUUCUGUUGUCCUGUAAGGUCUCCUGCUGUAACCGAGGGUGGUUCAAAUUUCAAAAACAAGCUUAAAUUAGUUACGUUUAGGCUUCAAUUCUUCAGUUCGAGUUUCAAAUCCCGAAAUUUGAUCUGGGUUUUUGCGUUUUCUCGAUCUCUGUCUUUCUUUCUGCGGACCCACCCGGGGGGGGGGGGGGGUCUAGGGUUUAUGCUAGCAACAGGAAAGGUCAGCCUUUUGUAAAGAUUCUCUUCGAUUCUGAGACAUGGGUCUUUUCUAGAUUCUUCAGGUUAUGCUAUUGCGAAAAGAGUAUUCCGAUUCCCCUGCAAAACGAUUUCCUUUUGUUCAUUGUAAAUCCUCCUAUUCUCUGCACGGAGACUCUCCUUUCCUUCUUAUCAGUGACCCCUGUCCUAAAUUUCUCUCCCUUUAUUACUUCCACUGCUCAAUUCAAUCAUUAAAAGUUAUGAUUUCUUAACUUAUAUUGUUCACACUAGCUUGUGGGGAUGGAAACUCUGCGUUCAGCUUCCUAUAUGGCGAACUCGAAUUGGUUGGUCCAUCAUUGCAUCAACACAGAAUGGACAAGAGAAGAGAACAAGCAGUUCGAGAGUGCUCUUGCAAUAUAUGAUCAGAACACGCCGGACCGAUGGUUUAAGAUUGCAGACAUGAUCCCUGGAAAGUCCGUGUUUGAUGUGAUGAAGCAGUACCAAGUACUUGAGGACGAUGUUCGUGAUAUAGAAGCAGGGCUGGUCCCUUUUCCUGGUGACCUCACUGCAUCUUUCACUAUGGAACUCAUUGAUAAUCAUAGUUUCGAUGCAUUUAGAAAGAAGACAACCCAAGAAAGGAAGAAAGGUGUUCCGUGGACUGAAGAUGAGCACAGGCGUUUCCUGAAGGGUCUUUUGAAGUAUGGGAAAGGGGAUUGGAGAAACAUCUCACGCAAUUUCGUCAUAUCUAAGACACCAACUCAAGUUGCAAGCCAUGCUCAGAAGUACUUCUUGAGGCAGCAGGCUUCAGGAGGGAAAGACAAGAAGAGACCCAGCAUCCACGACAUCACGACUCUUAAUCUUGCAGAAACUACUCCAUCGGACAGUAGUAAGCCUCACCUACAAUACCAGCACACUGUGCUUCCACCACAGCAGAGGUCCACCAGUACACCGGAAGGUCUACUCAACUGGGAUCAGUCUAAUGAUCAAGCACUCAUGGUUUUUGAUUCAGCUCAUGGAAACCUGUUUGUGCCAUCUCAGUUUGAGGUUGCCUCACAUGGGCUUAAAAUGCAGGGGAAAAAACCAAAUGGCGGUACUCUUCAUGGAGAUCACAUUGGAGCCUAUGAUUCGGAUUUUCAAAUCCAAUCAACAAGACAUCCAGUUCGUGGAUGAGGGACCGAUUCUUGUCGUUCAAAAUGGGUUUGAGAUGCCAAUUCGAUUUUGUUGAGUAGAAUUGCAAGAUAUAUGCUUGGUUAGUGGCUUAUAUGACUGAAAUUGGGAGUUGAAUUUAGUAUGAAGGAAUGUAGGAUUAGACUUGCUUUUGAGUGUCAUAUGAAUUGGGAAACUGAGUGAAACACAUAAAUUUCUUUAUUUCUCCUGUUCCGCCGAUGAUUCGAUUGGCUUUGUUUCGAGCCUUAGUGGAGUGAUUUGAUUUACCAAGGGGAAAAGAGUGCCACUUUGAUGAAUAAAACAAUUCAUCAACGAGAUGGGCUAAUUUAAGUAUGUGGUGGGAGUGUGAAACCUCAGUGCAUUUUAUUAGCAGCAUUGUGAAGCUUCAGCUAAAUGCGUAUUGUAAACAAUUAUCUUAGAGUUGCAUUGUUUUAUUCAUCUGCUUUCUCCC